GGAGCGGCAGCGUGGAUGUUCCAGCAAGGAGCCGGGGCCUUGUCGUAUAACCUCCAGUACUACAGCUCCAAGAUGCCCCGCGACUCGGAAGAGGCCAAGCGCCGCAGCCCGUCCACAUCGCUCCCGCGAAGAAUGCCACCCGGCCGGGUCAUCGACGGCAAGCCAUGCGAGCUCGCCGUCGAGAUCCUCGCCGACAGCGUCUUGGGCGGCGAAGAUCGCUUGUCGACGGCCGCGCGGCUGAGCUACCAGCAAUCGUUUGUCGGGCUUGACGCGACCGACGUCUCGUCGUCGGCGGACGAGGAGUCGGCGACGCCACCGCCCAUGCUCCCGGUAGCCGCGCCGAGCAGCAGUGCAGCAUCCGACUUGCUCUCGCGCACCGCGAGCGGUCCCGAGCUUCUCCAGCGCAUCAACGGGAACGCGACACAGGACCCUUCCACCGAAGCCGCGCGGCUUCGGAGCUUUAGCGCGUCCAACCUCAAGGCCACCCACGCCGUCGCCGUGCCCAAAGUGGUCGGUCUCCGCGGGCUCUACGAACCCAGCUUGUCGCUGCACUGGGAAGGCUACCUCAUGAAGCGGUCCGACUGGCUCAAGCACUGGGAAACGUACUACUUUGUGUUGCACGGCCGCGUCCUCUGCUGCUAUCUCUCCGAAGACGACGCGCGGCUACAUCCGGAAAACUCCAAAAUCAAGGACGGCCGCUUCACGUUCAGCGACAAGGUCGUCUUGGACAAGGUCAUCGACCUCCGCACGCACGACGACUACGACUCUGGUGAUGCGCCGACGUCACCGCCCGCGUCGAGCCCAAAGACGACCAAGCACGUGCCAUUCCGCUUCAUUUUCGAGACGCAGAACGCCAAGAAGCUCCAAUUGCGCGCGAAGAGCGAGGCGAGCAAGCAGCUCUGGAUGCACAUGGCAACCCACGGCGUCGCCGACACGGACAUGGAGAGCGGCGGGCUGCGGCGUCGCGGCCCGCUCCGGUCGGUGGGCCUCGCCGACUUUUACGCGGCGUACGAGCAUGCGUACGCAUCGCUCUGUGAGCUCGAAGACCGCGUCAAGAUGUACCAGACACCCAAGCGCCACCGCGUGAGCAUGGAAGUCAUACCGAACGCGCCGAUCGCGUCGCUUCGGCCGAAAACCGACCACAUUUUGUGUCGGCUCUUCUCACUAUUGUGUCCCGACGUCGUGCUGCGGUCCAACUACCUGCCGAUGGUGCCCUUCGCCGGCACGUACCGCGAGUACGCAGGCAUCCUCGACUACUUUACCAACCUCUCGCGCGCGGUCAAGUUCAAGUCGUUCUCGGUGGACGGCAUGAGCUGCGAGGGCCAGGGCGAGAAGCGGAUCGUCGUCGUCUCGGGCAAGGAAACGAUGCAAGUGCGCGCCUCGAACGCGACCUUUAUGCAGCAUUGGGUCCACAAGCUGCACUUUCGCGAAGACGGGCGCAUCUCGCGGUGGGAGAUUUUUGGGGACGUGGUCGCUGCGUCCGUGGUGUUUAAACCGCAGGGGUUUUCGAUGAACCUGACGCUGCCGUCGCACUCGGAGCGCGUGCGCGAGUCCUUUGUCGGCGGCUACGUCGUCUCGAUCAAGUUCAAGACGCUCCAUGGCAUCCGCGUCGACCCGACGCACGCUAUUUUGUGCGCUGUGCGUUUGAAACGAAAUAACGAGUGGCACACGGAAGCACAGACCAAGGUGCUCACGGCGUCCGCGGUCGAGACCGACCUCUGCCACUUUGAAAUCAACCAAGACGUGCUCCUGCAGCUCGACUCGCUCUCGCGCGAUGACAACACGCUCCUUGGCGUCCAAUUCUGCCUCGUCACGUCGCACGAGGUCUUGGCGCGGACGACCGUGAACCUCGCGUAUUUUUUCAACCGCGCGGGCAUGGACUCGAACUGGCAAACGUACACGCUCUCGAACGCAAACGAAAGCUUCUUUGGCAAGAUGGUGCUCUCGGUGCGUCCAUCGCCGAACCCACCGCCUCGGUGCACAUUGCGCCGCUCAGUCGUCUCCCGCCGUCGCCGACCACCGCGUCCAAGGCGACGCGGCCAGCGUCGUUCCCGUGGCUGCCCGCCAACCGCCAACAGGCCGUCGACGACCGGGCCGCGCGCGAUGCUGAGCUCGUUCAUUGCCGACGAGAGCAGCAGCGCCGAGAUAGCUACCAAGACGCUCUCGACGCCGUCGCUUGUCGCGGACGACCGGGGCCUGCACCAGUUUAUCAUUGGGGACGCGACGUUCACGGUCGCGGACAAGUACCGCAUGGUCAAGGUCGUGGGUAAGGGCACGUACGGUGUCGUGAUUGCGGCCAGCGACUGCAUCCACGGCGGCACGUUUGCGAUCAAGAAGAUUGGCCAGUUCAUGCGCCACCCAAAGGUGGCCAUGCUCGCGUUCCGCGAGAUUCAGCUCAUGAACAAGGUCGGGUCGCACCCGAAUAUCAUGGGCAUCCACGAGCUGCAGCGGCCCCUGAGCUUCGAGACAUUUGACGACUUGUACAUUGUUCAGUCGCUCAUGGAGACCGACUUGUGCCGCGUGAUCCACUCGAAAGAGCACCUCUCGGACGAACACAUUCAGUUCCUCAUGUACCAGAUCUUGUGUGGGAUCGCCUACAUCCACUCGGCCAACGUCCUCCAUCGCGAUCUCAAGCCGAGCAAUAUUUUGGUCAACUCGGAUUGCGCGGUCAAGAUCUGCGACUUUGGCCUCGCACGCUUUGCGACCGACCAAGACCUCGAGGAAGGGUUGAGCGAAUACGUCGUUACUCGAUGGUACCGCGCCCCCGAGCUCCUCUUGGCCAACGCGUACGCCAUGUCGAUCGAUGUGUGGAGCGUCGGCUGCAUCUUUGGCGAGCUCCUCGGUCGGCGCGUCCUCUUUCCUGGCAAGAGCUACGUGGACCAGCUCAAGGUCAUCAUUGAAGUCGUGGGCACGCCGUCGACAUUUUCCUUCUGCGACAACCCGUCGGCGCGCCGGUUUGCGGGCCGCCAGCUCUUGACGCAGAGUCCGCUCAUCGCCAAGGUGGCGUGGACCGACGUCUUUCCCCACGCCAACCCCGAGGCGCUAAGUUUGCUCGACAAACUGCUGCAAUUUGACCCGAACGACCGCAUCUCGGCGGUCGAGGCCAUUGCGCACCCGUACUUUGACUCGUGCCGCAACGAAGCGCUCGAGCAGCUCACGUUUGUGCCGACCGAGGCCGACGAAGGACCGCCGCCCAACAUUGACUACCGCAAGGUGCAGCCCGCGCAGCUCAAGAAGCUCCUCUUUGACGAGGUCAUGAAGGACCGCGCGUCCUCCUAGUCGUCGUCGUCGUCGUCCAUAUCAUAGCACAUGUCGCAG